CUUGAAAUAGAGACUGUAUGGUGUAAUGGAAAAAACAGCCUUGGAAUCUGAGAGCCUGAUUCCUGGAUUCAGUCCCAGUUCUGCGUGACCUUGGACAAGUUACUUUACUUCUCUGAAUUUCCGUUUCCUCCUCUGCAAAAUGAGGAUAGCAACAGCCACCUUGCAACCCUGACUGGAACGCGCCCCGCACACCCCGCGCCUGCCUGGAGGAAGAGCAGCCAUGAUUACGCCGCCGCCGCUCCGCUACCCGCUUGCGGCUGGCGCCCUCCCCCAGCAGGUGUAGGCGCUGCCGCGCUGCCCCACGCCUUUCCGCCGCUCGCGGGCCUGCGCCUCGGCGUCCCCAAGGAGGCCGCUGCAGGCUGAGGUAGCGCACCGGCCUCUCGCGUCCCAGUCCCGCCCUGGGCGGAGGCAGUGCGGGCGACCCAGCUCCGACGCGGAGGCCCGGCCCCACCGAGUGCGGAGGAGCGCAGGCGGCCCCCGCCCCUCGGCCCUCCCCUCCGGCCCUCCCUCCGCUCCCUCCGCCCUUGCGCGCCGCCCGCCCGGGUCGCCGCGGGGCCGUGGUGUACGUGCAGAGCGCGCAGAGCGAGUGGCGCCCGCAUGCCCUGCGCUCCUCCACAGCCUGGGCCGGGCCGCCGGGGAGGCUGAGGCGGCGGCGGCGGCGGCGGCCGAGGGGGCCGGUCUUGCGCUCCCCAGGCCCGCGCGCUUGAGUCCAGGUUGCCAUUCGCCGCACAGGCCGCGUUCUCUCAGCCCUCGGCUGCGAUGAGGCGCUGAGGCGGCCGCCGGCGCUGCGCCGGAGACUAGGACUCGGAAGCGGCCGGGCCGAGGGCGCGGGGUGCCGGCCUCCCUGAGGCGAGGGUAGCGGGUACAUGGCGCAGUAACGGCCCCUAUCUCUCUCCCCGCUCCCCAGCCUCGGGCGAGGCCGUCCGGCCGCCACCCCACUUGCUCGGCCGCCGCCGUCUCCGCCGCCGCUGCCGCCGCCGCCGCCGCCGCCGCCAUGGCCAAUGACAGCGGCGGGCCCGGCGGGCCGAGCCCGAGCGAGCGAGACCGGCAGUACUGCGAGCUGUGCGGGAAGAUGGAGAACCUGCUGCGCUGCAGCCGCUGCCGCAGCUCCUUUUACUGCUGCAAGGAGCACCAGCGUCAGGACUGGAAGAAGCACAAGCUCGUGUGCCAGGGCAGCGAGGGCGCCCUCGGCCCCGGAGUGGGCCCGCACCAGCACUCCGGCCCCGCGCCGCCGGCUGCAGCGCCGUCGCCCAGGGCCGGGGCCCGGGAGCCCAGGAAGGCAGCGGCGCGCCGGGACAACGCCUCCGGGGACGCGGCCAAGGCAAAAGCAAAGGCCAAGCCCCCGGCCGACCCCGCGGCGGCCGCGUCGCCGUCUCGCGCGGCCCCCGGCGGCCAGGGCUCGGCGGUGGCCGCCGAGGCCGAGCCCGGGAAGGAGGAGCCGCCGGCCCGCUCAUCGCUGUUCCAGGAGAAGGCGAACCUGUACCCCCCGAGCAACACGCCCGGGGAUGCGCUGAGCCCCAGCGGCGGCCUGCGGCCCAACGGGCAGACGAAGCCCCUGCCGGCGCUGAAGCUGGCGCUCGAGUACAUCGUGCCGUGCAUGAACAAGCACGGCAUCUGUGUGGUGGACGACUUCCUCGGCAAGGAGACCGGACAGCAGAUCGGCGACGAGGUGCGCGCCCUGCACGACACCGGGAAGUUCACGGACGGGCAGCUGGUCAGCCAGAAGAGCGACUCGUCCAAGGACAUCCGAGGCGAUAAGAUCACCUGGAUCGAGGGCAAGGAGCCCGGCUGCGAAACCAUUGGGCUGCUCAUGAGCAGCAUGGACGACCUGAUCCGCCACUGUAACGGGAAGCUGGGCAGCUACAAAAUCAAUGGCCGGACGAAAGCCAUGGUUGCUUGUUAUCCGGGCAAUGGAACGGGUUAUGUACGUCAUGUUGAUAAUCCAAAUGGAGAUGGAAGAUGUGUGACAUGUAUAUAUUAUCUUAAUAAAGACUGGGAUGCCAAGGUAAGUGGAGGUAUACUUCGAAUUUUUCCAGAAGGCAAAGCCCAGUUUGCUGACAUUGAACCCAAAUUUGAUAGACUGCUGUUUUUCUGGUCUGACCGUCGCAACCCUCAUGAAGUACAACCAGCAUAUGCUACAAGGUACGCAAUAACUGUUUGGUAUUUUGAUGCAGAUGAGAGAGCACGAGCUAAAGUAAAAUAUCUAACAGGUGAAAAAGGUGUGAGGGUUGAACUCAAUAAACCUUCAGAUUCAGUCGGUAAAGACGUCUUCUAGAGCCUUUGACCCAGCAAUACCCCACUUCACCUACAGUAAUUGUUGACGCUGUUUGUUAACUUGUGAAUAAGAAUAAAUGGGAUAAAGAAAAAUAGACAACCAGUUUGCAUUUUAAUAAGGAAACAGAAACAACUUUUUGUGUUGCAUCAAACAGAAGAUUUUGACUGCUGUGACUUUGUACUGCAUGAUCAACUUCGAAUCUGUGAUUGCUUACAGGAAGAAGAUAAGCUACUAAUUGAAAAUGGUUUUUACGUCUGGAUAUGAAAUAAGUGCCCUGUGUAGAAUUUUUUUCAUUCUUAUAUUUUGCCAGAUCUGUUAUCUAGCUGAGUUCAUUUCAUCUCUCCCUUUUUUAUAUCAAGUUUGAAUUUGGGAUAAUUUUUCUAUAUUAGGUACCAUUUAUCUAAACUGAAUUGAGAAAAAAUUACAGUAUUAUUCCUCAAAAUAACUUCAAUCUAUUUUUGUAAACCUCUUCAUACUAUUAAAUUUUGCCCUAAAAGACCUCUUAAUAAUGAUUGUUGCCAGUGACUGAUGAUUAAUUUUAUUUUACUUAAGAAAAGGAGCACUUUAAUUACAACUGAAAAAUCAGAUUGUUUUGUAGUCCUUCCUAUCUUACACUAAUUUGAACUCUUCAAGAUUGCUGCUUUUUUUGACAUUGUCAGUAAUGAAACCUAAUUGUAAAACAUUUGCCAUUUACUACCAAUAACUUUUAGUUAAUGUUUUAUAAGGAAAAAGACACAAUAAGAAGAGUUUAAUUUUUUUUUCUUUGUUUGUUUUUUGAGACAGUCUUGCUCUGUUACCCAGGCUGGAGUGCAGUGGUGCAUUCUUGGCUCACUGCAACCUCCGCCUCCCAAGUUCAAGCAAUCCUCCCAUCUCAGCCUCCCAACUAGCUGGGACUACAGGCACACACCACCAUGCUUGACUAAUUUUUAUAUUUUUAGUAGAGACGGGGUUUUGCCAUGUUGCCUAGGCUGGGGUUUAAGUUAAAUUUUUUUAAAAACUAAAGUGACUGGCACUAAGUGAACUUGAGAUUAUCCUCAGCUUCAAGUUCCUAAGAUAAGGGCUUUCAUAAGCUUUCAGGUAUAUGUAUCCUGUAGAUAUAGACAAUAAUGUCCCAUUUCUAAGUCUUUUCCUUUUGCUUCUCCUUAAAUUGAUCAUACUUCCAAAUUUGCUGUUACGUUUUUUUCCUAAUGCUGUGAUCUCUCUGAUCUGUAGACAAGAACCUUGUCUCUGCUGAAGAGCAUCAUGGGGAGAUUAUGUACACGUUGAAACCGAAGUGUGUUGUUACCGACUUAAUGUGCAGUAACUCCUCACAUAUCUGUUAAGGCAUUUCCCAGAUGUGAUGCCAGCCUUCUUACCUGUACUGAAAGAUGUUUAGCUUAGAAAAAACAAAGCAGGUGCAAAAUCAGAUAAUUUUAUUUUGUUUCAUGGGUUUUAUUUACUUUUUAAACAACGAGGGAAUAUUAGAAAAUCACACAAGGCCUCCCCGACUUGUUAUUUAAAGAAUGAAUUGGGACAGGUGGCUUAGACUUCACUUUCCUAGGCUUUUUAGCAAAACCUAAAGGGUGGAUCCAUGUUUUGCAUGAAUUAUGGAUGUGAGACCUUGCCCGCUUAGGUUUUCUAUCUCUGUCCUUGAUCUUCUUUGCCAAAAUGUGAGUAUACAGAAAUUUUCUGUAUAUUUCAACUGUUUUUAGCAUCUGUAUAGUUUGUAUUCAGUUAGAGACCUUUUCUGUGGGAAGCUCAGUAAUUUUUAUUAAAAGAUUGCCAUUGCUAUUCAUGUAAAACAUGAAAAAAAAACUGGGUAGCGAAGCCAACAGUGUGGACUUCGGGUGGGAUUGAAUGUUCAGUAUAGUGACCUCACUUAGGAGAAUUUGCAGGAGAAAGUGAGAGUUUCAUGUUGUUUUUUUCCUCGCCCAUAUUCAGUUUUGUUCUACUUCUUCCCCUUCCUUCCAGAUGAUAACAUCACUUCUCUACAGUAAGUGCCUCUGCCAGCCCAACCCGGGAGCGCAAGUUGUCUUUGCCAUCUGGUCUAUAGUACAGUGCGCGGCGUUAGGCCACAACUCAAAAGCAUUAUCUUUUUUAGGGUUAGUAGAAAUUGUUUUAUGUUGAUGGGAGGUUUGAUUAUCAAGAUGUACAGCCACAGCCUUUUAAUUUGGGAGCCCCUGUUGUCAUUCAAAUGUGUACCUCUACAGUUGUAAAAUGUAUCAGAUUCUGCUAUCUGUGGGUUGUGCUUGCCAGACAGGUCUUAAAUUGUAUAUUUUUUGGAAAAGUUUAUAUACUCUCUUGGAAAUUAUUGUGAAAAGAUCAAGAAAUCAGGAUGGCCAUUUCUUUAAUAUCCAUUCAUUUCAUGUUAGUGGGACUAUUAACUUGUCACCAAGCAGGACUCUCUUUCAAACAAAAUUUAAAACUGUUUGUGGCCUAUAUGUGUUUAAUCCUGGUUAAAGAUAAAGCUUCAUAAUGCUGUUUUUAUUCAACACAUUAACCAGCUGUAAAACACAGACCUUUAUCAAUAGUAGGCAAAGAUUUUCAGGAUUCAUAUACAGAUAGACUAUAAAGUCAUGUAAUUUGAAAAGCAGUGUUUCAUUAUGAAAGAGCUCUCAAGUUGCUUGUAAAGCUAAUCUAAUUAAAAAGAUGUAUAAAUGUUCUUGAAAACAUUA